CACUAGUUUAGUCCACCUAGCUUAUGAGCGGCGACCAUGAGUGGUAGGUGGCUACCACACCCCCCAGUACGACGCUGCUAGGCCCUUAUUGUGCUUGAGUAUGGCGGCUUAUUUCCGCGUACAAAUCGCCCACUCUCCGCACCAAUCAACCAUUCCAACUCGAACUGUCAACAGCGAUAAUCCUUGUUCACUGCACUUGCUUUUUGGGUCCCCCCUUUCGCUACUACUUGGCCACUCGAACCUGAGCGAGCGUUCCUUCUCACUUCUCAAGCCCGAUUUGCGACCGAAACGUGCUGUUUGUCCGUCCACAACGUGCAAUCCUUUUGACUGCUACGUGAGUCACUUCAACCGAUUUUUUUGACAAUUUCUGACGCCCCGAUUCCGAUCGGAAGCUCUGAGGCGCACAAAGGCAAUAGAAGUGACAUCACAGAUCUCCAUGUCGACGGCUCUCGACGACACAUUGAUCAUGGAGCACUCUGCGGGGAGGAGCGACGCCAUUUUCGGCGCCAAUUGCGGCGGCCCCGUGUCCGCCGACUCCGACUCCCUUGAAGCGGCAAUUGCGGCGCAACCUGCGGCGGGGAACGUGGCGUCGUUCGCGCAGAACAAGGACCUCUGCGCCUUCUACGACCAGCUCGUCCAAACCGAUCCUGCAGCCGCGGCGGCCAACACUGACGCCCUGGCGCAGGUGGCGGCGCCGGCGGCGGCGGGGGCGCAACAACAGCGGAACCAGCCAUCCCGUUUCGAAUCCGGCGCCGCGGUUCACAAGCCCGACUCGCUCGCCGCGGCGCUGCUCGACCCGACGACGAAUCUCGGCAGCCGCAUCCGGCGCUCUGGCCUGUCGAGCUUCACUCCCGCGGAGCAACAGCUGCUGCUGUCCGCGCUCCAGCAGGAGGUGCAGGGCUCGCUCUUCCCCCCCGCGCCGUCCCUCGUGGGGGGACGCGGCGUCGGAGGCUCCCCGCGCGGCUCUCCCGGCGGGGACUCCCUCGGGGGGAGGCCCCGCCGAAGCACUCACCGGAAAUCCGCGUCGUUUUCCGCCGCCGUCGCCGCGGGGUAUCCGCGCAGCCGCAGCUAUCCGUCGGAGGGGGACGAGACCAGCGCGCGCACGCCACACCAACAUCUGGUUUCCAGCGGAGGCCGGCACAAUUCCGAGCCUGACGUGGCCGCAAUGAUGGAAACUGGCGGUGACGGCGGCGCUGGCGCUGGCGGCAGGCAGCACUCCCCCGGACUACGCUCCAGGCGGGGCCUUCCGGACCUGCACCAGGUUCGGGGCGGCGCCGGAGCAACCGGCGCAGCGACCGGACCAGGCGGCCUCCCCAUCCGCCCCAGCCCCAGCGGCAAGCGUGACGCAGAGGGGAAUCUCCUCGCGACCACAACCCCCGGGCCCUGCGGAACCCACCUCCCGCGGGGAGCCUUGGCGCGGGGCGUUGGGGGAGGCGGAAGCGGAGGCGCGGGGCUGGGGGAAGGCGGGAUCCACCUGUCGCUCUCCCCGGAGGCGGUUUUGGCGGUGGAGCUGUCGAAAAUGGGCGUGUCGCCCGCAGUGAUUGUCGCUGCGACUGGCGCGGACCUGACUGGGCAAUUCAUGGGGGCAGGAUUGAUGGAUGGUGGCGCUCAGUGGGGGGGAAUGAACGCCAGCCUGACCGGAGGCCUUAUGGGGGCUGAGGGCAGCAAGAGGCACGCGGGUGCAGGAUCCAGGGGGGCCUACCGCGGGAUGGAUAGUCCCCCGAAGGGAAGUUCCAGAAGCGGCAGCGGAAUGAGCGGCCAGCAGCAGCAGCAGCAGCAGCAGCAGCAGCAGAACCAGAACUCUGGGUCUGGAUUCUCAGUGGAUGCUGAGGGGGAAGAAGCAGGCGAGGGUAAGAAUGACCACAGCAAUGACGGGCCCCUGGUAUUCAAAACCGGAGGAGGAGGAGGAGAGUGUGGGAGCCCCCGUGCAGGCAACGCUGCUGGUAACUGUAACACCAACCUCGGUUACUCCACCAAGCCCCGGAGUGUAGCUGAGAGGCUGCGGCGGGAGAAGAUCACCGUGCGGCUGCAAACGCUCAAGGAGGUGCUGCCUAAGAUGGACGCCAAGACGGACACGUCAGCGAUGCUGGAAGACGCGGUGGUGUACAUCCAGUCCCUGCAGGCGCGGUGUAAAGCGCUGGAGAGGCAGAACGGCGCGCUCACGCAGCAAUUGAAGGACUAUGGCGUGACUCCCGUAGUAAACCACCACUCGUUCAUGCUAUGAGUUGGAGCCAUGCGGCCGCCCUCAGUGCCAGUGACAGGCGCGGAACAGAGUAGCACCCACAGCACAGCACAGCACAGCACCCCCGGUGGUGUAACUAUGUUUUCCCAGCUCAGCCUGGGAAUAAAAGGACAUCGGGAAAUUUGUACAUUCAGGCAACUUUGUUCAAUAACUGCUGUCUCCUUGU